AUGUCGGUCAGCGCCAGGCUUCACGGCCUGCGCGCACGCCGUUCCAAUGUAGGGGUAGCAGCAGCAGCAGCAGCGGCGGCGGCCGCCCUUGGCCGGCAUCGCAUCCACCUCAACCAUUUUAUCUCCCGCGAAAAGGACGCGCCAGACACGGCCGCCGGAGCAGCCGGCAGCUUCACCCUCGCCGUCAAGGACAACAUCGUGACGCGCUCGCUGCCCACCACGUGCGCGUCCGCCAUGCUCGCCGGCUACGUCAGCCCCUACGAGGCGACGGUGGUGACGCAGCUCCGCGGCUUCGGCGCCCGCGUCGUCGGCAAGACCAACCUCGACGAGUUCGGCAUGGGGUCGCACAACACCAACUCGGCGGCGGGCGCCGCACUCAACGGGGGCGGGCGGCGGCGGCGACGACGGGACGCCGCCCCGCGCGGCGGCGGUGCGGCGGGCGACGCUGACGUGGCGCUGGGCACCGACACGGGCGGCUCGGUGCGCCUGCCCGCGGCCUACAACGCCGUCGUCGGCUUCAAGCCCAGCUACGGCAUGCUGUCGCGCCGCGGCCUCGUGCCCUACGCCAACAGCCUCGACACCGUCGGCCUGCUGGCCCGCUCCGCCCGCCGCAUCGCCGGCCUCGUCGCCUGCCUCUGGCGCCACCACGACCCGCUCGACCCGACCUCGCUCCCGCUCGCGGCCCGCCUGCGCUGCGCCCGCGCGAGGGAGGGCUACGCCGCCGCCGACGAUGACGCAUCUCCGCUGCGGCAGCAGCAGCAGCAGCAGCAGCAGCAGCAGCAGCGGUCCCUCGACUGGUCCUGCCUGACGUUUGGCGUGCCGCUCGAGUGCAACAUCGAGGAGCUCGACCCGGGCAUCCGCGCCGCCUGGGCCGCCGCGGCGUCGCUGCUGCAGGCGCUCGGCGCCCGCGUCGUGCCCGCAUCACUGCCUUCGACGCGCCACGCGCUGUCGGCCUACUACGUGCUCGCCCCAGCCGAGGCGUCGUCCAACCUCGCAAAGUACGACGGCGUCCGGUACGGGGCCGGCGGUCCGGGUGGGCAGCAAGGUGGUGGGGCUGCUGCUGCUGCUGACGACGACGAUGGCGGCGGCGGCGUGCUGUACGCUGGCGCGCGCGGGGCCGGCUUCGGCGACGAGGUGCGCCGCCGCAUCCUGCUGGGGUCCUAUAGCCUCAGCUCCGGGGCCAUGGACAACUACUUUGUCCAGGCCCAGCGCGUGCGCCGCCUGGUGCGCGCCGACUUUGACCGCGCCUUCCGGCUCGGCAACCCGCUGCUGGAGCACGGCGGGGACGGCGGCGGCGUCGGGUUCGACUCGGACCCGGAGGCCGCGACGGCCGCGGCCGACGUGGUGGACCUCGCGGACCUGCCCGAGGACGUGCCGCUCGCCGACAAGCGGGGCCCCGCGCGCGUCGACUUUCUGCUCUGCCCCACGGCGCCGACGCCGCCGCCGACGCUGGACGAGGCCGCGCGCCAGACGUCGCUCGGCUCGUACGUCAACGACGUCUUCACCGUGCCCGCCAGCCUGGCCGGCCUGCCCGCCGUCAGCAUCCCCGUGAGGCUCGGCGGCGGCGACGACAGUAUGGACGUGGAUGUGGACGCUUCUCGCUACGGCGGCCUGCAGCUCACGGGACAAUACUGGGACGACGCGCGCCUGCUCCAUGUGGCGGCGGCGCUGCGGCUGGAGCUAGGCAGGGCGGGCAUGGACCCGAGGGCGGCACGGGACGAAAGCCGGGAGGCCGGUGGCGAGGCAUUGUGAUUUGUGAAAUUUUUAUAUUACGAUAUUGACAAAAAUCUUGCUUCCCCUGGCUGUGCCAACUCUCUGAGCUGUAGGGCAUUAAUACCACCGUCGCUUCUUUUGUGGCAUAGGUACAAUAUGUGGAUAGAAACUGGCGACAGAAACGGACGAUCUGUGGUCCCUCGUCAUCACGCAGCCCUUGCCGCCGGCUUGUCAUUCCACAUCUCAGCACACAACUCCUGGGAGCGUGCUCCUCCCAAUUUGCCG